GCCCCACGCCCUCUUCAGGCCAUCCGUGCGGCAUAUUGGUCAAACCAACUGAUACCAACUCUUCUGCAUGCCAUUGACAUCUUUCACUAAGUUCUUCUUUUCUCUCUAACACACUCUUCUCCUCCUUACUGCCCAUUCCGCCUCCACCCGCACACCUCCGCCGCAGUCAUGUUCGAGACAAACUUCAACUACUCCACCGCGACCCCCCUCCCUCCGAACCUCAAUAUCGCCAAAGCCGUCCAAUUGCUGCACGACUUCGAAUUCGUCAUGAAACUCAGCCCCGACUGCCACAGCACCAAACCCAUCCCGCCGCCGAAAGUCAACAAACCCACGCCCAACACCACCGGUCCCAAUGCUCAACAAAUGACCUACUUCGAAGUCGAAGACGACCUACCCUUCAUGCCGAAAAGACUGUGGAGCGGUGGCGUAAGAUACACGGCAGAUUUCUUGCCUACGCCCGAAGGCUGCGACAUCACCGUUCACGCACCCGGCGGCUUCACAAGCACCAACCACUGGCGGCUGCUGCGGGAAGUCGCUCCCACUGGUGCAGCGAUUCGAGAUCACGUCGAUGAUACAGACCAUCUCCCCACCCUCUCCGAAGACCAGUUGCACGUGGCGUUCGAGCGCCUCGGAACGAAGGAUCUCCUACACGCAGACACGGAGAGCAGUGGGGCCGGGUGGUACGUGGAGAUUGUUAGCGAUGCUCGGUGUCCGCGGACAUUUGUCAGCAUCAUCAAGGGAUUUUUGAAGAACAGCCAUGCACAGCUGGAGCAUGCUUUUAUCGAUCAUUUGAAGGUUGAGGCGGAGGAGGAAAGGAAGCAGGAAGCUGCGAAGCCUGCGAAGCCUGCGGAUACUGCUCCUGCUGAUGCUGCGACCCGUCCGCCUAUGCAGCAGAGGCCUAGUAUGGGGCCGAAGAGACCGACGCUCAGUCGGCGGAGGAGCAGUGUGUUGUAAUGCUGGCUGGUUGGCUUGUGGGUAAUAAUCAUGCAUGGGAGGGCGAAAAGGACUUCGCGAUGUUGGACACGAGUGAACGGAUAGCAUUCCGCACCGAAGAUAAUUGCAACGUGAACGGGACAGCAUUUUAAUAUUGGACCGUCAUUUCCUUCAUGAUAUAGAGCUAGACCAAUCCCUCUCGACUGUCU